GGCUUCCGGCGGAAAAGCGCGCGAGCAAGAUGGCUACUACCAAGCGCGUUUUGUACGUGGGUGGACUGGCAGAGGAGGUGGAUGACAAAGUUCUUCAUGCUGCAUUCAUUCCUUUUGGAGACAUCACAGAUAUUCAGAUUCCUCUGGAUUAUGAAACAGAAAAGCACCGAGGAUUUGCUUUUGUUGAAUUCGAGUUGGCAGAGGAUGCUGCAGCAGCUAUCGACAACAUGAAUGAAUCUGAGCUUUUUGGACGUACAAUACGUGUCAAUUUGGCCAAACCAAUGAGAAUUAAGGAAGGCUCUUCCAGGCCAGUUUGGUCAGAUGAUGACUGGUUGAAGAAGUUUUCUGGGAAGACACUUGAAGAGAAUAAAGAGGAAGAAGGGUCAGAGCCUCCCAAAGCAGAGACCCAGGAGGGAGAGCCUGCUGCUAAAAAGGCUCGGUCAAAUCCUCAGGUGUACAUGGACAUCAAGAUUGGGAACAAGCCGGCCGGCCGAAUCCAGAUGCUCCUGCGUUCCGACGUUGUGCCUAUGACUGCAGAGAAUUUCCGCUGCCUGUGCACCCACGAAAAGGGCUUUGGCUUUAAGGGAAGCAGCUUCCACCGUAUCAUCCCCCAGUUCAUGUGCCAGGGUGGUGAUUUCACAAACCACAAUGGUACUGGAGGCAAGUCCAUCUAUGGGAAGAAAUUCGAUGAUGAAAACUUUAUCCUCAAGCACACGGGACCAGGUCUACUCUCCAUGGCCAACUCUGGCCCAAACACCAAUGGCUCCCAGUUCUUCCUGACAUGUGACAAGACAGACUGGCUGGAUGGCAAGCAUGUGGUGUUUGGAGAGAUCACUGAAGGCCUGGAUGUCUUGCGACAAAUUGAGGCCCAGGGCAGCAAGGACGGGAAGCCAAAGCAGAAGGUGAUCAUUGCUGACUGUGGGGAGUACGUGUGAGGUGACAUUCUCUCUGCUUCCCACUCCGUUCUUGCCCCUGCACAUCCAGGAAGGAGCUGGCAGCCUCAGAGGAGGCAGCACUGAGGGUGCUUGUUUGAAGCAAGCAGCAUUUGUGGUGUGAGCACUUCCUCAGGCCCGCUUGGAGCAGCUCCUCUGCGGGCACAGCCUGGACUAGUCCCAAGCACGGCUGUGGGCCCAGGAGCCAGCACAGGUGCACCCCUCCACCAUGGGCAGGCUAUGCAAAAGGCCACUGACUUUUCUCAGCAUUUGCUGCUGAGCCUGUCCUGGGCCUACCAAUGUGGCUCUUUAGUGUUUUCUUUGCUAAAAUAAACCCUAGUUCUUAUACUGCU